AAGCAAAUCGAAAAAGAAGCUGCUCCUCAUCCACCUCCGUUCCCCCCUUCCGCGGCUCGUUUUCUCUUCCCUCCUCCGCCGAAGCCGAACCACCCCACCGGCGAGAGAGAGCGCCGAACGACAGGGUGGGUUCUGCAAGCGAUGGACCCCCGCCACCUCAGCGUCGGCGUAACCCCCGGCAGCGGCGGGAGUGGCGGCCAGUCAGUGGACGCGUCAGCGAGGCGCCGCCGCCGCAUGUCGGCCCCGUUGACAGGCACCCGCCUCAUGCUGGCCUUCAACGCUGCUGCUGGUGACGGUUAUGGCGGGAGGUCGUCCUCCUCGUCGUCGUCGUCUUCCGGAGGGUUGGACCUCUCGUUAGAUGAACCGCACCCCCGCUACAGCCAACACCGUGUCUACCCCGAGUUCUCUCCGAUGUCGAAUAUGGGGCGCCUCCUCUUUCAUGGCUCUCCACUAGGGUCGCCUACGACCGACGACGAUGUCCUCGUCAUGGAUGGUUACCUCGUCGCCGACGGCUUCAGCCCUGGCCCCAAGCGCUACGCCUCCUUCACCGACCUACGCUUGGUCCACACCAACUCCCCUGGCUCGGGCGGCAGCGGUCGCCACGGCUCCAGUCUCCAGUUUUCAUAUGGGAAGGAGUCUUGUGUGGCGCGAGUGAUGAAUCCAAGACAUUCUGAGGUGGAACUUCAGCGCGGGCGACCAGUGCAGAGUGCCGGUCCCAACAUGCAGGCGAGCCCCAGAACCUAUCACCCAUCGUUGCAGGCAGCCGGCGUUGCGACCAUACCCAUGAGGCCACCAGCCGCUCCGUACUUGACGCCUACGAGAGCCGCCACCACCACCUCCGCCACCGCCACUCCUGCGAGAGCGCAGGCCGGCUUCUCGUGGACACCAAAGCGGCCCGAAUUGAAGCCGCCGUCGGUGCAACGGGCGACGUUUGCGUGGCCGCCGACCGAGGAGGAGAACGCGUCCAUCAGCCAAUGCCUGUACGGCCCCCGUGGCGCCCCUCAGCGAAGGCUGCCUGUGUUUGUGAGCAUCUGCCCAGCGUGAAAACGCGCCCUCUCUCCGGUGUCCAGUGCAUCCAUAGGCUCGGUAACGGUAGAAUCGCGCAAGACGGCCAUGGAUGAGGCUCGUUCUUCCAAAGGUGAGGAUGCUGCCGCUGGUCGAGUUAGCGAACUGGCUCACGAAUCACGACCUCUCAUUUACUCCCCCCACGAGUUGUGAAUGUGUUUAUUGGAAAACCCUGAUGACAAUUCGCGUCGGUCGGGUCGGAUUCCUCUGCAAAUGUGCUAGUUUGCCGAGUUGGUUGGGACCAGGGGGUAGAAGCGGCUGCUGUAUAUGUGAGUAGAAGUAGAAGUACUGGUAAAUAUCGCUCGUGACACCGUUUAGUACACACACAUCGCUCGUGACACGGCUUGUCUGCCGCUGUAUAUUCAGGAUCUUGAUCUCUUCGGCUGCAGUUUGUUUUCCUCA